AUGUUCAAGCGUUCUUUGAUUCAACAAACUCGUCUAUUUUCCAGCACUAGAUCCCAAUUGGGCAGUAAAGUGUUUUUCGACCCUGCCGUCAACGGCCAAAAGGUCGGAAGAAUUGAAUUUGAACUUUAUGAUGACAUUGUUCCAAAGACUGCCACUAACUUUAAGGCACUAUGUACCCAUGAAAAGGGGUUCGGUUACAAGGGUGUUCCAUUCCACAGAAUCAUUCCUCAGUUCAUGCUACAAGGAGGUGACACCGAUUUAGCCGGUGGUUUCGGUGGUAAAUCCAUUUACGGUGCUAAAUUUGCAGAUGAGAACUUUUCCAUCAAACACACUAAACCAGGACUUUUGUCUAUGGCUAAUGCUGGACCCAACACCAAUGGCUCCCAAUUUUUCAUCACUACAGUUCCAUGCCCUUGGUUAGAUGGUCGUCAUGUCGUCUUUGGUGAAGUCACUAAGGGAAUGGAUGUCGUUAAGCAAUUGGAAUCUCUAGGAACGAUGUCAGGUAGACCAAAGGCUCAGAUUGUGAUUGAAGAUGCUGGCGAAUUGAAGGAUAACUGA